AUGGCCUCAGACCGCCCCCUCACGUACUUCGAUAUCACCAUCGGCGGGAAACCCGCCGGGCGCAUUGUUAUGCAACUGUAUGCGGACGUAACUCCAAAGACUGCGGAAAACUUUCGCGCGCUUUGUACGGGUGAGAAAGGCGUGGGACGAUCGGGCAAGCCGCUGUGGUACAAAGGAAGUACAUUCCACCGGGUGAUUAAAGGGUUUAUGAUCCAGGGUGGUGAUUUCACCGCGGGGAAUGGCACCGGCGGCGAAUCAAUUUACGGUGAGAAAUUCGAGGACGAGAACUUUGAGGUGAAGCACUCGAAACGUUUUCUCCUCUCCAUGGCAAACGCCGGAAAGAACACGAACGGCUCGCAGUUCUUCAUCACCUGUAACUCUACCCCGCACCUGGAUGACAAGCACGUUGUUUUCGGCGAAGUGAUUCGCGGGAAGUCGUCCGUCCGUGCGAUCGAAAACUCACCUACCGCGCCGGGUGACGCGCCGGUAUCACCAUGUGUUAUCGUGGGGUGCGGACAACUUUCGCCUGACGACCUAUCCUUAUCGGAGAGCAGCGUAGUCGCCGACGGAGAUACAUUCGAGGACUAUCCGGAAGAUCAGGAUCCGGUCGAUGGACAGGAUGUCAUGGAGAAACCGGAGGCGGCCCUGAAAGUGGCACGGGAGGUGAGAGAGCUUGGGAAUAAACUCUUUAAGGAAGGCAAGGCAGAAGAGGCCCUUGUCAAGUGGCAGAGCAAGUACCAUCAUCAGCAUCACAUAUGCCUGGUUCCGCCGGAGCUAACUCUCCACCUGCGCAGAAUCUAUACGAUAUUUGGAUAUUCAUCCACACCGCUACUGUUGAAUUCGGCAUUGGCCGCUCUUCGAGGGGGAGGGUCGGCAAAUGCAGGAGUUGCUCUCCGCGCAACGGAUCGGGCGCUCGAGAUGCAGCUCAAUGACGCGGACAAGGCAAAAGCCCUGUACCGUCGCGCUCUUGCAAACGUGAUCCUCAACGACGAAGAUGGAGCGGAGGAAGACCUUGUUGCUGCGAACAAGCUCGUCAAGGACGACAAAGCCAUCUUGGCUGAACUGGAUAAAGUGCGCCAGUGGAAGAAGGAGAAAAAGAAUAAGGAGAAGAAAGCAUACAAAAAGCUGUUUGCAUGA